AUGGUUGAUUUUGACAGGCAUGAGUUACUGAUCUAUGAGGAGGUGGCAAAAGUCCCACCCUUUCGCCGGAAGACGCUGGUUCUGAUUGGUGCAGCUGGAGUGGGCCGACGAAGUCUGAAGAAUAAGUUGCUAGUGUCAGACCCUCAGCACUAUGGCACCACCGUCCCCUACACCUCUAGGAAGCCCAAAUCAGCAGACAGAGAGAACAUGAUGUAUGCCUUCACGUCCCGGAGUAAGAUGGAGGCUGAUAUUAAAGCUGGCCACUAUCUUGAACACGGUGAAUAUGACGGUAACCUCUACGGCACCAAGAAUGACUCCAUCCAUGAAGUCGUGGAGGCGGGACGUAUCUGUAUCCUGGACGUCAGCCCACAGGCCCUAAAAGUCCUCAGGACAUCAGAGUUUUUGCCGUAUGUGGUGUUCAUCAAAGCCCCAGAGUUUGAGGUGCUGAAGGCCAUGAACAGAUCUGGGGUGGAGGCAGGAGUGACCAAACACCGAACAGACGCAGAACUGAAGAGGACGGUGGAUGAGAGCGCCAAGAUUCAGAGAGUGUACGGACACUACUUCGACCUCACCAUAGUAAAUGACGAUUUGGAGCAAGCGUACAGGAAGCUCAAAUCCUCCUUAGAGGAGUUAAAGGGAGCUCAGCAGUGGGUUCCAGUUGGGUGGGUGUUUUAGAGCUCACUACAGCAACUAGUGGAUGAUUCAUGUGACACUUUAUACCAGUGUUAACCUCAUGCCAGGGGUGUUCACUGAUCAGAGAGCUUACAUGAGUGUGUGUGUGUGUGUGUGUGAAAUCACCAUCUACCCUACAAAAACAGGUUAUAGAUAACUCGUGUCAGAAUUGAACUACAGUCUCAUCUUUUUGUUCAGUAAACAUUCAAGUUUCAGUUCAGAUGUUUUUUGAAAU